AUGGUGAACAAGGUCGCCGACGAGCCGCAGCUGCUGUCCAAGAAGGCCGGAUGCAACACCCACGGCCAGGACUCGUCCUACUUCCUGGGAUGGGAGGAGUAUGAGAAGAACCCCUACCACCCCACCACCAACCCCGGCGGCAUCAUCCAGAUGGGCCUCGCCGAGAACCAGCUGUCGUUCGACCUGGUGGAGGAGUGGCUGGAGAAGAACCCCGACGCGCUCGGCCUCCGCCGGGGAGCCGCGUCCGUCUUCCGCGAGCUCGCGCUCUUCCAGGACUACCACGGCCUCCCGGCCUUCAAAAAUGCAUUGGCGAGGUUCAUGUCGGAGCAGAGAGACUUCAGGGUGGCGUUCGACCCCAGCAACAUCGUGCUCACCGCCGGCGCCACCUCGGCCAACGAGGCGCUCAUGUUCUGCCUCGCCGACCAGGGCGACGCAUUCCUCAUCCCCACGCCGUACUACCCAGGGUUCGACCGUGACCUCAAGUGGCGCACCGGAGCCGAGAUCGUACCGGUGCACUGCACGAGCGCCAACGGCUUCCGGGUGACGCGCUCCGCCCUGGACGACGCAUACCGCCGCGCCCAGAAGCGCCGCCUGCGCGUCAAGGGCGUGCUCAUCACCAACCCCUCCAACCCGCUCGGCACCGCCGUCCCGCGCGCCGACCUCGAGAUGAUCGUCGACUUCGUCGCCGCUAAGGGCAUCCACCUCGUCAGCGACGAGAUAUACUCCGGCACGGCAUUCUCCGAGCCGGGCUUCGUCAGCGUCCUCGAGGUCCUGGCCGCGCGCGCCCCGCUCGCCGCCGACUACACGCUGGACGACCGCGUCCACGUCGUGUACAGCCUCUCCAAAGACCUCGGCCUCCCUGGCUUCCGCGUGGGCGCCAUCUACUCCUCCAACCCCGCCGUGGUCUCGGCGGCGACCAAGAUGUCAAGCUUCGGGCUCGUCUCCUCCCAGACGCAGUACCUCCUCGCCGCGCUCCUCGGGGACAAGGACUUCACCCGCAGGUACCUCGCCGAGAACAAGAGGCGGAUCAAGGAGCGGCACGACCAGCUGGUGGACGGGCUCAAGGAGAUCGGCAUUGCGUGCCUGGAGAGCAACGCGGGGCUCUUCUGCUGGGUGAACAUGAGCCACCUGAUGCACGCCCGGUCGUUCGAGGGGGAGAUGACGCUGUGGAAGAAGGUGGUGUUCGACGUCGGGCUCAACAUCUCGCCGGGGUCGUCGUGCCACUGCAGCGAGCCCGGGUGGUUCCGCGUCUGCUUCGCCAACAUGUCCGCCAAGACGCUCGACGUCGCCAUGCAGCGCCUGAGGGAGUUCGUCCAGACCUGCAGCUUCAAGGCCGCACCCGCCGCACUGCGCCGCGCCGCCGGCCCCGCCAGGAGCAUGAGCUGCCCGCUCGCCAUGAACAUGAAGUGGGCGCUCCGGCUCACCCCGGGCUUCGCCGACAGGAAGGCCGAGCGGUAG